AUGGCACCACUGGAUCAGAUUGUGGUUGUUCAGAAACCAACUACUACAGAUGUUGAAGCUGAUUUCCCUAGUGUUGUAAGGUACGGCUGUUAUGGAUCCAUCUACUGCUGCCAUACAAACCCCACAAUGUCAAAGAGCCACAGUCUCCUGCUUUACUACUCGCCAGCCCUUGGACCUGCAAGUGUUGGGGGGGAUGCGAUAAUUGCAGAUUGGUCAGAAAGACCUGUAUGCCUUUCCACCAUUCAAGACGCUCUUCAAGAGUGCUCAGUGAAGGAGUGGAUUAGCCUACUUGGCACACUGUCCUCGAGAGAACAGUUCGUGUCCUUGGGGAGACUACAUAUGAUGAAUCUCCAGUUCUUACUCAAGAUAAACAGGAACAAGAAGAAAUUUCCAGACUCGUUUGUGUUCCAGGCGACAUCUGAAAUAAAGGAGGACCUGUCUUGGUGGAGAUCAGAAGACAGGCUGUUAGAAGGGAUGUCCCUUCUCCCUCUGAUCCCCGACCUAUUAUUCUAUUCAGACAUGUCCAGUCGAAGUUGGGGAGCUCUCCUGGGGCGACAAGAAAGUCUUGGGGACAUGGAAUGCUUGACAGAGAGACUGGCACAUCAAUUUGAAAGAAUUGACUACUAUCCACUGAGGGCUGUUGGAAUUUUAGUAACUGUCCACUCCGACAAUACAACAGCUCUUUUACAUCAAGAAGUAGGGAGGAACACACUUUCUCUCUGUGAAGUGGCAAGAGCCCUUCUGUUAUGGGCAGAUCGGAGCUACACCAGAAUCUUAACAAGGUUCAUACAAGGGAAAGUCGACAUCCUAGCGAAGGAAUUAAGCCACAAGGAGGAGGUUCUUCUCACAGAGUGGGUUUUCAACCCAUUGGUAUGCCUUGAUUUGUGGAGACUAUGGGGCAGACCGAUUCUAGACCUAUUUGCAACGUCAAAGAACCAGUGUCCUGCUUUACUGCUUCCCAGCCCCUGGACCUCUAAGCAUGGGAGACAAAGCGAUAAUCGCAGAUUGGUCAGACAAAGACCUGUAUGCCUUCCACCAUUCAAGAAGGUGAGAGAGGUCAUAAACAAGUUCAGGUCCCACCAGAACAUUUCCAUGACACUCAUUGCCCCUUUCUGGGCAGUGCAGGAAUGCUUUCCGGAUCCACUGGAGCUCCUGGUGGACUUUCCAAGUUUGUUACCAGAGAAGACCAGUCUACUUAAAACCGCCCCAUUUCAGGCGGUUCCAAUAAGGUCUGUCCACUCUGGUCCUGACAGACUGUCCGAUGACUUACGAGUGAAAGGCUUAUUAAGCAAAGCUGCAAGAGCUGUUGCUCAAAGCAGAAGGAAGUCCUCGAGUGAAGUGUACCAGGCGAAGUGGGCAAUCUUGCGAUCCUGGUGCAAGGAGUAUAACAUCUCGUCUUCUAAGACAUCUGUUGCAGAAAUUGCUGAUUUCCUUUUAUACUAA